AUGAGUACAUCACUGUCUUCUUUGUUGAUUAUUAUCAUUAAUAUUAAUAUUAAUAUUAUUCUUAUAAUUAUUAUCGUUAUCUUUUCAUGUUUCCCCAGGGGAGUAUUCAGCGUUUACAACUACCGCCAUGUCCCCGUACACCGCAGCUCUGCGACCGUUCGAAGGGUCGGCAACGUCUAUGUCUUUCCAUACUACAGUGCCACCAGGAGAAAGAUCCAUCGGUGCGGCUACGGGUCCUACAGACUCGGGUGCUGCGCAGGAUGGGUGAGGAACAGUAUAGCAGGGACUUGCACCCCAAUCUGUGAAUCGGGCUGCGUUCAUGGGACCUGCGUUGCACCAAACCAGUGUCGAUGUGAUCCGGGAUAUGCAGGAUCAAAUUGUAAUGCAGAUCUAAAUGAGUGUGGAUUGGAACCUCGGCCGUGCAAUCACAGAUGUAUUAACACCCUGGGUAGUUUUAGAUGCCACUGUGAGCAAGGUUAUCUUUUAGAAGAAGAUGGAAAGACCUGUAUACGUGAUGGCCGGUGUUAUCCAGGCAGAUGUGCGUAUGGGUGCAGAAAGAAUGGUCUGCGAUUGGAGUGCAUCUGUCCGGCAGGUCUGAGGGUCGCGAAAGACGGUUAUCACUGCCUAGAUAUUGACGAGUGUGAGGAAAGAGCUGUCCAAUGCCCUUCAGAUCAACGAUGCGUCAAUACGUAUGGGAACUACAUGUGCCUCUGCCAAGAAGGAUACCAGUUUAGAUACAUCGACGGCAAGCUUAGGUGUACAGAAUCUGAGGAUAGAUGUGCCAAUGCCGGACAGAUCUGUGAUAUAAAUGCCAAGUGCCAAGAUGGCAGCGGCGUGGUCAAGUGUGUGUGCAAUAGAGGUUACGUUGGCAACGGAGAGGAAUGCACUAUCGUCGAUUUGAAGACAUGUUCUCAGCGGCCAUGUUUCCCCCAAGUCACGUGUGCAACCCAGGAAUUGACAUCGACCGAUAUUCCCUACCCAGCCGACGGAGUGGUCAAACUUUAUGAAUGUGGACCCUGCCCGCGUGGUUACCGAGGUGAUGGCGAGACUUGUGAAGAUAUUGAUGAGUGUGUCGAAGGAACGGAUUUGUGCGACGAGGAGGCAGUUUGCACAAACACUCCAGGGUUUUACAGAUGUUCUUGUAAGGAAGGUUUCACAGGGGACGGAUUCUCGUGCACACCUAUCGCGUAUCAAUAUCCCUUGGUACCUGCCCAAGACGUGUGUUUCCGUAACCAUGGUAACGGUCAAACAUGUAACUGCACUUCUCCUCCUCCCGAUUUACCCAAAAUGCCUUCUUUUUGUCAUGGAUGCGAUCUCCCUGGUAUCGUUCCCAACGGUGAGAUAACGCCGGACCCGAAUGGACUCAAUGGCCAGUAUACCGAUGGUACCGUCAUCGCCGUCAGGUGUCAGUCUGGGUACAACCUACAAGGGGCCGCCAUUAGCACCUGUCUCAAAGGAAUGUGGUCCGCUGAGCUUCCGGUGUGCGCUGAUAUCGAUGAGUGCCAAACGGGAGGCGGUGCCUGUCACGAGCAUGCCACCUGUGUGAACGUUCCGGGCUCUCACAAUUGUGUCUGUAACGACAGGUACACGGGCAGUGGCAUCGUAUGCUUUCCUCUAUAUUGCACCAUUGAUGAGCCGAUGGAGAAUGGUAGGAUGGUGCCAGCCGCCGUUGUAGGAGCGGAAUAUAGUGACGGUGAAGCCGUGGUUUUCGAAUGCAACGAUGGAUUCCUCAUGGUUGGCUCCCUCAUUAGCAUGUGUGAAUUUGGAAUGUGGUCGGAUCCAUUCCCUCGGUGUGUUGACGUUGAUGAAUGCGCCACCGAUGCCACGCAUGACUGUGACGUGAAUGCAUUCUGUAUCAACAAUCCUGGUUCGUUCAGAUGUGAAUGCAAUCUUGGCUUUUUCGGCAAUGGCAAAGUUUGCAUUCCGAUGGACAUGACAUCCUGCGCUGAUCAGCCCUGUUCAGAAGGUGUUGUCUGUACGGACCUCGAUCGGGAGGUCGUCCUCGCAACCAUCGACCUCAAGAAUCCUACCACUGACGUCAUCACAUUUUAUAAAUGUGGCGACUGUCCACCAGGUUACCAUGGCGACGGGGAGAAUUGCGUUGAUAUUGAUGAAUGUGCAGAUGAGAGUACAUAUCAAUGUGACGUCAACGCACAGUGCUUCAAUUUACCUGGUACUUACAUGUGCACGUGUAAUGACGGUUACUAUGGGGAUGGCAAAGUCUGCAUAAGAAUAGAUCCCACGAGGUGUUCCGACCAGCCAUGCUUCCCCGGUGCACUGUGUACAGAUCUGAAUCGUGGUACAGUCCUCGCCGGUGUCAACAUCACGGCUCCGCCACCCGUCAUCAGGCUCUACGAAUGCGGUGAUUGCCCUCGAGGAUUCACUGGCAAUGGCUCAUAUUGUGAAGAUAUUGAUGAAUGUGCAGAUGAGAGUACAUAUCAAUGUGACGUCAACGCACGGUGCUUUAAUUUACCUGGUACUUACAUGUGCACGUGUAAUGAUGGUUACUAUGGGGACGGUAAAGUCUGCAUAAGAAUAGAUCCCACGAGGUGUUCCGACCUGCCAUGCUUCCCUGGUGUACUGUGUACAGAUCUGAACCGUGGUACAGUCCUCGCCGGUGUCAACAUCACGGCUCCGCCAUCCGUCAUCAGGCUCUACGAAUGCGGUGAUUGCCCUCUAGGAUUUACUGGCAAUGGCUCAUAUUGUGAAGAUAUUGAUGAGUGCUCUCUGGGAAUUGACGAAUGUAGUGAGGAUGCAGUUUGCAAUAACACACCCGGACUUUACAACUGUGUCUGUGACAGAGGUUUCUAUGGCGACGGCCGAGUCUGUAUUCCUAUUGACCCAACAACGUGCAGCGAUGACCCUUGCUACCCGGGUGUUCUAUGCACUAGUCUAAGUCGUCGCGAGACUGUUGAAAACAUCGACCUUGACAAUCCUCCCGACAUCAUUCGUCAGUAUUCCUGCGGACAAUGCCCACUAGGUUAUCGUGGUGACGGUAUCAACUGUGCUGAUAUUGAUGAAUGCGCCGAGGAUCUCUAUGAAUGCCAUCCCUUCGCUCUGUGUGUCAACCUUCCUGGUGCCUUUGAAUGCGUUUGUGUGGAUGGUCACCAUGGUGACGGCAAGACUUGUAUACCAAUGGACCAAACCUUCUGCACCCCUGAUGGCCCAUGUUUUGAAGGUGUUGAUUGCACCAACCUGAGUCGUUCGGACGUCCUCAGUAAGAUCGAUCUGUUGACUGCUACUCCUGAGGACAUCAUCAAGUUUUAUCUCUGCGGAGACUGUCCUGGUGGUUACCUGGGUGAUGGUGAAGUCUGCCUUGAUAUCGAUGAGUGUGAUACUGGAGAUUACGAUUGUCACAAGAACGCUUCGUGUGAAAAUGAAAUCGGUGGAUAUACCUGUGUGUGUGUUGAGGGUCAUUUUGGAAACGGGACACACUGCGCUCAGCUCGAUGAUCGGUCAUGUGCGGAUAGCCCCUGUUUCCCUGGGGUGGAAUGCAUGGAUGUUGACCCUACCCUGGUCGACUACACACAGCCGUUUGUAAGGCUGUACGAAUGUGGAGAAUGCCCUGAAGACUAUUCUGGCGAUGGUAUCGAAUGCAUCAAAGACUACGUACCUCCGUUGAUCAAUUUGACGGUCAUCGCCAUCAGCCACGAGGAACCGACAGUAGACGCCCUGGCGCAGGAUGCAGAAAUCCGAGUAUUUGUUGCUGACCCCUCCGCACAGUACGGCACCAUGGAGGUAGCCUCUGCGUUCACUGGUCCUGAUGGCAUUGCGACGUUGAUGGUCCCUCACAACCAGUCUCUGAUCGUCACAGCAUUUUACGAUGGUACCCUGGCCAAUUCAAUAACUACCAAGGCUAACCUUAAGCAAAAAAACGUUGUGACGAUACCGGUUGCUGCCUUUGAGGAACUGAAUUUGUUCCGUUGGUUACCAUCCAGCUCCAACACCUUUGCUUUCGGAGGCGUCGAGGGGACAUCACAGUAUCAAGUCUCUAUUCCUUCCGGGGGUCUACGUGUUCGAAGAAGGGGCCUCGUUCAAAUCGAGUUCUAUGGAGUGAAUCUUACAGUUCCAGAGCAGUAUGAACACGCUCCAGAAGCAAUAGGUGUGCUCAAUUCGGCAAGGGCAGAACUGGUUGGUCUUGAGGUGAUGGGGAUGAUGGAGUUGAAUGUCUUUGCAACUACUUCUCCAUUGAGUCCUGUAAUUUUGACUGAUGAUGUGACUAUCACCAUACCUGUUACCAGUCCUUCUAAUGAUAUCAACGUCGGCGAUUCUGUUGAUGCAUGGUACUUCAAUCCAGACCAUGGUGUGUGGGUGAAGGAUGGCUCAGGAAUCAUUAGGAGAGACCCUGAAUCGGGACAGUUGGUAUGGGAGUACGAAGCAAGGCACUUUACUUGGUGGGCAGCGGCGACUGUACAGACUCAGACUAGCUGUGUGAAGGUCAAGACCUGUCUAGAUGGGGCAUGCAAUAUUCCUCUACCUGGUGUUAGAGUACAACUUACUGGUGAGGAUUAUGCUUUCAUAAGCUCAAGAACUACUGACCGGUAUGCAGAGGCCUUCUUUAACUUCAAACAUGGAAGAACUGUCACUCUUGAAGCAGUGUGUGCCAUGGAGAGGAUGACAGUGGCCAGUACCACACUAGUUGGUGCCUUUGACAAUGCAGAUGCGGACAUACCAGUAGUCAACGUCGAUCCACUUCUACCAUUGGAUGUCUGCAGGGAAAUUACCAUCACCAUCCCUCUCCAAUUAAGUAAUAUCACAUGCCCGGAACCCGGCGAUGUCGAAUUCUCCACCCGCAACCUCAGGGGUAGGACUUACUCUGAUGCUGUGCAAUAUACGUGUGACAUGGACCGAUUUGCCGAAGAGGGAGAGUACAGAACAUGUCUUGAGUGCGGCUUGUGGUCAGGUCGACCUGUCCAAUGCAUAAAUAGAGCAGGUUCUGCCAAGAAAAGGCGGCGACGUCGCUCAAACAAACAACCAAUUGCUUGAUUUUUAACACUUAUUAAAAUUGUGUAAACAAAAAGAUGUAACCAGAUCAACAUAUUUGUUAACUUUUUUAUGUAAAGUACACGUUGGUGCUAAAUAACUUCUUCGCUGAACCAAGUAUUGCUCAAACAUUGUUUUUUUUUAAAAGAGAAGCAAAUCGUAUAGGUUGUGAUUGUGUUGUAUCUAUGGGAGUAAUGAGCCUAUUUUUAAUUACAUACCCGUAUGUAAACUUAUGAUUUUGAUAUUAUAAUAUCUAAUUGGUAAAGGGUCACGAAGAAUGUUCUAUGUGCUUAGGCCCUCCUGUAAAAUCUGUAAAAGUAAUAAUCAUAUUAUAUACAUAGCUAAUAAGAUAAAUUAAAUAAUGUUCAGAUGUUUCUGUUUAAUCCUAAUGAUUAAGUAAUGAAGAGAUAAAUUCUUAACUUUUUUGUUUUAUCUAUCAGGGAAAACAAUUUAUCUCUAUCAUUUUUCAAAAAUUUAUCUUAACAAGAAUAGAUUUAUUGAGAUGAAAAAGCUACUGAUAAUUCUUUUUUGUUAUGAUCCUUAUUACGUGAAAAAUGGUUAUUGGUUUCAGUGAUUUUUUUGUUCAUGUAGAUAUUUCUGUACUAUAUAGUAAAUAUUUCACUAAUUGUUGACAGAAUUCGAUACAAUGUAUAGCUACUUCUGUCAACAAAUAUGUAUAGAUAUGUUAAUGUACAAUGAUAUAUCAAAUACAAUGUGAAAUAUCGGUGCUUGUUUAUUUUUAACUUUUGGAUAACUUAACGGUAUUUGUCCCAGGCAUUACUGCAAAGAAUUGUAUGCUUGUACAGCCUUGGGACUAACAGAUAGUAAUUGAAGUCACAUAUUCAGCACAAAUAUCACAUUAUACAAUUCUUCAGUAGCAGUAAUGUGUGGGACAUAAUGUCGGAAAAUAUUUUGAAAUUGUCCUUUUUACAUCUGUUAUUUUUAUCAUUUUAUGGUGUGUAUGCAACAAAACAAGAUUUUAUCAAUACUAUCUAUUUAUCAUGCUGCAAUGAAAUAUAAUCUGUAUUGGUAAAUAGUGUUAUUUAAUAUGUUAUUCAUUCCUGAACUAUAAAUCUGAAACAUAAGAUCCUCGGAUGUCAUCAUGGUUUUAAACAAUUGUGAUAUUUUGUGUAGGUUUGACUAACAAAAUAUUCAAUUCAAUAUAAUGUGUUUUUAUCAAAAGUGCUUUUUGUGGUAUUCAUUCCCUAGACACAUAUAAAAAAGGAUAUCAUCACAUAUUUUUUAUUUAUCUUUUUGAGUCUACUGGCUAAAAAUCUUUAAUUAAAAAAAGUAAUGAAAAUAUUUAUCAACAUCAACAACAACAUCAUCAUCAUCACCAUUAUCACCAUCAUCAUCGCCAUCAUCCACUUCAUCAUUGUUUUCAUCAUCCAACAUUAAUGAUACUCUGAAACACAGUGCCAACCCCCCCCCCCCCCCAUUCAUAUAGCUAUUGCCUUUAACACGUGUUUUAAUAGAGAAAAACAGAUUAACCAAAAUCACCAAAAUGUUACAUGAAAAACUGAAUCAGCUGUUGUAUAAUUCAUAUAUGUGCUAUUUUGUCAUGAACUUCUAUAUAAUAUCUUAUUUGGUGCACAUUUCUCUUUAUGAAAAUCAAAUUUAUUAGUUUUGGCCCCCAUAUCUUAAGCAAACAUAAAUGAUAAAAAAAUGCCAAACUCUUUUCUGUGUGAUGUUUAUUAUUUGAAUCAGCAUUAUUGCUAUGUAUAUAAUAAGUUAUAACUAUUGGUUCUGUUUGCGUGCUGUAUGUCUAUUAUGUUGGAUUAUGUAACUAAUUUUGUCUAUCAUAUCAAAGUUCUUGCAAUCUUAUGCGUGCUAGAAUUGUCUAUGCAUUGAGAUUUUAUGAUUUUUUGGGGUGUAAAUCCUUUGUUUUAAUUAAUACUACAUGUAUGUUAUUUUCAUUCUUGUAACUAACUUUUUUUUACUUUCAAUCAAUGUUCCUUGUUUCAUAACAUUUACUUAUGUCAACUAAAAUGUGUCGCACCCUCUUACAAAAACUGGUUAUUAUUACUUUGGAUUUUCCCCGAAACAUAUAUUCGGCUUUCACUGAAAGUAUAUUGCUUCCUUGUAUAGGCGCAAGUAUGUGCCCCUGUCAGUUUUGCCUAAAGGGUAGCUCCAAUUUGAAGCUUCAAAAUUGAACAUCCUAGCCAAAUAUUUAGAAAUAUGUUCUUUUAUUAUAACAAUGUUCUGGAUUAGACAAUGUUAUCAACAAGAUUUUCUUAUUUUAAACAUCGUACUCUGUUGGGAAAUUGCAAAUCGUGCUAGCACAUGCAGCCGACUGUAAGCAGUGGUUUUCUGGCAGGGAAUAUUGACCUCAAAUGGUUCUUGGGUGCAGGGAUCCUUCAUACCACUAUAUACACACGAUGUCUAAAUACAUCGACUGAAUUAAAAAAAAAGGUUGAUAAAAUACGAAGGGAAAGGUGCUUGAUGGAAAAGAAGAAUGAAAAAUGAUCAGGAAUGAAUUGAUAUUAUUGCAAUAUAAUAAUGAUAAUAAUAAUUGGAUUGGUGUGUAGCAAUGCUUCUGAGUUGGAUAAAUACUCAGCAUCAAUCGGUAUUUCUGAGAUAUCGAGCUUGAUGUUGAGGGGUUGAUAUCCAAGAAGGGGCGGUGUCUGAGUCUAUUUUUUAUUUGUAAAUUACUACGAUUGUAAUUGCAUUGCAUUAAUAAAUUAUGAAUAUCUAACUUUAAAA